CAAGCAUCACAUUGAAAUCGGUAAUUGAAAAAAAAAAAGGAAAUACAUUUCAAGUUGAAAAACCUCUCGUCUUAAAACUAUUUUCAAGUUUAGGUUUUAGGACGCUAUUUUGAACUAUUUGACUUGCCGUACAUCCAGUCGCGCUUCUUGCGCACGCUAGUUCUGAUCGUACGUAUAGUAACUCAGCAACUACGCAAGAAUUGUAGUAUGUUUGCGUAAAGGGGAACAGACAUUCCGAGGGGAACAGAAUCGACUGCUACAUCGGGACGAUUCCUCAAGCGCAUUUUUUAAUUGCUAAGGGAUAUUUUCAACACCGCGGCAGCUGCACACUGCAGUAAUGUCAAUGUGUGGAGGCUGGAGUCCAGUGAAACCGGUCACUCUAGAGGUGAUAAAGAUUUGCCUUGAGAUGAGGAAACUGAUUGAGGACAGAGUUGUGAAUGGAAAUGAUUCGAAGGUUUACAUUCCUUCGGUCUAUUCUUCUCAGGUUGUGAAUGGAAAAAAUUAUGUGGUCAAGGUGUUUCUUGGUGGAAGCGAUGAUGGAGUGUGUGUUCAUGCGAAGAUACAUCAGGCUCUUCCCUGUAAUGGAGGAAAGCUGACACUGUCUGGAUUCAUGUUUCCUAAAACCUUCGAUGAACAUCUGGAACCCUUCUGAACACAUCUAACCAAAUACAGAAUCAGACAUGUCAAAUUCAACGAGCUGUAGAGGAACUGUUGAGAUUCUUCAAUAUUAAACUCUGUAUUCAAACA